AGGGCGUUUCUCCAAAACCUUAACCCCCGACCACUCUUCUACCUUCCCUCCCCUCCCGCCGCCGCCGCCGGCGCCGCCCGUACGAGCGAGCAUGCCCAGCGCGUUCCACUCCCUCCGCCCCUCGCUGAUCAAGCGGAAGCACAGGCACAAAUCCACGCGCCGCGGCGGGAAGCGCCCCAAGAAGACCAGCGAAUCGACGAACCUCGCCGCCGGAGGCGAAGACGCCUCCUUUGACCUGAAGAGCUCCGCCUCCGCGUCCACCGCGUCUGGGCGCGGCGGAGGAGGCAGCCUCGUCCAGCCGCUCGGGAACCUCCUCCUCGCCGCCGCCGGGCGCGCCAACCUCCGGGACGCGGGCCUCGGCGGGCUUCGCCAGCUCCCCGACGACCUCCUCGUCGACGUCCUCGGCCUCCUCCCCGCCCGUGACCUCGCCGCGCUCUCCGCGGCCUCCAAGGCGCUCUACGUCAUCUCCUCCCACGACCCGCUCUGGCGGGCCAUCGUCCUCGACGAGCUCGGCGGCGACUUCGCGUUCGCCGGCUCGUGGCGCGCCACCUACAUCGCCGCCGUGUCUGGCCGCCCCCAUCGCCCUCCGCGCGCCCUUGAGAUCAGUGGCUUCUACUCGGACUACCUCUUCCAGAGCUGGCUGUGCGCCAACAUGGAGAUGCGGGCCGAGUGGCUGGAGCGGGACACCAUUGACCGCCGCCGCGGCUUAUCCGUGGAGAAAUUCAUCGCAGAACACGAGGAGCCGAAUUGGCCGGUGCUGCUUGAGGGAUGCCUUGAGUCCUGGCCGGCGUUGCAGAAAUGGACGAGGGAAUAUCUGUUGGAAGUCUCAGCUGGCAAGGAGUUCGCCGUCGGUCCGGUGAGCAUGCCACUGGAUAGGUACUUCCUCUACUCCGACAAUGCGGAGGAGGAGAGGCCACUGUACCUCUUUGACGCGAAAUUCGCCGACAAGGUUCCGGAGAUGGGGAGCGACUAUGAGGUGCCGGUGUACUUCCAGGAGGACCUGUUCAAGGUGCUCGGGGAGGAGAGGCCGGAUUACAGGUGGGUCAUCAUCGGUCCGGCUGGAUCAGGGUCGUCGUUCCAUGUCGAUCCUAACUCAACGUCGGCGUGGAAUGCUGUGAUCAAGGGGGCCAAGAAGUGGGUGAUGUUCCCGCCGGAGGUGCCACCGCCAGGGGUGCACCCAAGUUCAGAUGGGGCAGAGGUCACUAGCCCCGUGUCUAUCAUGGAGUGGUUCAUGAACUUCUACGGAGCCUGUAGGACCUGGGAGAAGAGGCCAAUUGAGUGUGUGUGCCGGGCUGGGGAGAUUGUGUUUGUGCCUAAUGGAUGGUGGCACCUGGUUAUCAAUCUUGAGGAGUCCAUUGCCAUCACUCAGAACUAUGUGAGCAGGAGGAACCUGUUGAAUGUUCUUGACUUCCUCAAGAGGCCCAAUGCAAGUGAACUUGUGUCAGGGACCAAGGACAGGGUGAACCUGCACGACAAGUUCCGGAACGCCAUUGACACAGCUUACCCUGGGACGAUUAGUCAGCUUGAAGUUGAAGCUCAGCAGAAGGCUGCUGCUCGAAAGAAGAAAGUCGCAUUCUGGGAUUCUGCUGUCGACGCUAACACUGGAGGAUUCAAGUUCUCUUUCUGAUUUUCUUACAGCAGCUAGGUCUGUGGACUUAACAUUUGAUCUUAUCCUGUUUACAUGAGCAAUCACAUUUAAUUUGAUUUGAGAACUUGGGUUCAUGGGAGUA